GCGCUCGUCGCACGCGAGCCCCGCCAGCCCCGUGUGUGAGGUCCCCGACGACUGACGAGCCCGCAACUUCACAAGUCAUCUCGGCGAGCUCGCGGCACCCCGCAUCCGCCGCCGGACGCGUUUUCCCGCCAAAUACAUCGCGACUUUUUGUUUUUUGAGCGCGAGUUCCGUGCGAGACGAAGUAACCAUUAAUUUUGUGAUGCGUUGUUUUUUUGUGAUUUUUGUUAUGUUCUUUGUGUUUUUACCCAAAUCGACCGAGGCGAUUCGAUGGCUGGCCCUAUACGAGAACGAAGGCAACUGGACGGAGAGCGACUGCUGGGAGGCGCGGCGUGGCGGUGCGCUGUGGGACGGGCAGGCGCGCGUGUGCCGCCGCCAGCCGGCCGCCAUGCCGCACGUCGCCGCCGCAGCGCGCCUCGCCCGCGCCGCCUGCCGCCAGGCCCACGCCGGCGAGCGCUGGAACUGCUCCUCCGUAGAGCUCGCGCCUAACUUCACGCCGGACCUGCUCACAGGUACCCGUGAACAAGCGUACGUGUACGCGGUGUCGGCGGCGGCGCUGGCGUGGUCGGUGGCGCGGGCGUGCGCGUCGGGCGCGCUCGCUGCGUGCUCGUGCGCCGCCCCGCCCCGCGCCCCGCCCCGACCGCCCCGGCAGGCCGCGCCCACCGAACCACACGCGCGCUUCAAGUGGGGCGGCUGCGGAGACAACUUUCAGUGGGCUGAGAGAUUUGCCAAGCAGUUCCUAGAUUCGCAUGAAAUCGACGUACGCGAUGGGAAAUACGAGGAGGAUUUUGAGAUAGAGUAUCACACUACUGAAAAAACGACGACGACGACGACAACUACCGAGCCGACGACGUCGCCGCCGGUGGUGAUUCUGGUGGACGACCAGCCCGCGCCCGCUAACACCAGCAUGGCGCCGCGCAAGAAGGGCCGCCGCGGCCGCAAGCGCCUGCCGCGCUCCCCGCGACGCGGCCGACCAACGAGGAAAAGAUUCAGACCAAGAUACGAGUACGACGACGGCGCCCUCAACUCUCGCAACAUCGAAUACCGCAUGGCAGCGGACGACCCGCGCUUCGACCCGCAGGUGGACUUGCGUACGCGCCUCGAGCGCCUGCGACCGCUCAUCGCCUCCGCUAACCUCAUCAACAGUCGCUUCGGGAGAAAGGUGGUGUCAGGCGGCAUGCGCACCAAAUGCACGUGUCACGGCGUGUCGGGGUCGUGCUCGGUGCGGACGUGCUGGCGCUCGCUGGCGCCGCUGGCCCGCGCUGCCGCCGCGCUCGCCAAAGAGGCCGCCCGCGCCGCAGCGCUGCGUCCUCGCCGCCGCACGCACGCACGUGCGCGCCUGCGCUACGUCACGCCCAGUCCAGACUACUGCGAGCCCGACCCCGCCGCCGGCUCUCUCGGCACACACGGCAGGAAAUGCAACGCGAGCCUGGGGUCCGCGGCGGGCGGGUGCGCGCGUCUGUGCUGCGGGCGCGGGCGGCGCGCGGCGCGGCAGUCGCGGCUGGAGCGCUGCCACUGCCGCUACCACUGGUGCUGCCGCGUCGACUGCCAGCUCUGUCGCGUCACCAGCGAGGAUCACUUCUGCAACUGACCUACCCGACCAUAGCUUGCCGUUUUUUUAAUGGUGGCCAUACACCAUCCUUCCUAUCGUCCAAUCGGCAUGACGCUACCGAUUGGAUCAGUUAGAACUGACCGUGUGUGGGAGUGG